AUGGUGGGAAAGUGUGGAGGAGCAACUUUAGCUGAUUGGGAGGAAAUGAAAUUGAAGUUGAAGGAGAAAUACUUGCCUCUAGAUUAUGAGCAGGUGGUGGAGAAUGACCAUCAAGCCAUUGCAAGGUAUCGGUCUGGGCUGCGAUCUGAUAUUCGAAGAGAACUAGUGAAGCAAAGAUUGAUAAGCACUAAGGAAGCUUAUCAGAUGGCAUUAAGGAUUGAGGCACAAGGAAGUAGAGAUGAAAAGGGGAAGCAAAAAAUAGGAGCAGGACCUCAAUGCUACAAGCGCAAAGGGUACAGGCAUUACGCUGUGGUUUACCCCUCAAAGGAGCAAGGUCAGAAACCAACUUUGAUUUGCAGCCAAGAAUUACCGGACUUUGAAUUAGAAGAGUUAUUGCUUGACAAAAAAGAUGCUGGCGAAGAGGAUGAGGAGGAUCAUUUGGAAGCUUCUGAACUACCUAGCUAUGUAAUUCAAAGAGUUUUGACUGGUCAGAAGUUGGAAGAUUCAGAGGAUUGGCGGAGAACAAACAUAUUUCACACUCGAAUGGAAUGUAAAGGAAAGGGAAUUAAUGUAAUUAUAGAUAAUGGGAGUGGAAUGAACGUGAUCUCAGAAGAAGCAAUUGAUUGUCUUGGACUAAUCAAGCAAAAACACCCACGACCUUACAAAAUUAGUUGGGUGAAUGAUAGUGACACGAUCCCAGUAAAGUACAGGUACAUGGUUCCAUUCUCUUUAGGAAGAAAUUACACUGAUCAAGCUCUUUGUGAUGUGAUUCCUAUGUCAGUUUGUCAUUUAUUAUUAGGAAGGCCGUGGAUUUUUGAUCGAAGAACUGUAUAUGAUGGGUUUGAACACACAUAUGCUUUUAAUUUUGGAGGAAAACGGAUUGUGCUCAAGCCACUUCAAAUUUCAGAGUUUUUUGAAAACAAAAAGGGUGAUAUAAAUGUUCUGACUAUGAAACGAUUUGAAACCGCAAGCAAGGAGCGAGGAGUAAUAAUUGUUUUGCUGGGAAGAGAGGCAAAACUUGAUAAUGAGGAGUUAGAUAUAGUGCAACCAUUGCUAGAGGAAUUUGUAGAUUUGAUGCCAGAAGAGCUGCCACAUCAACUUCCGCCUAUGAGAGAAAUCCAACAUGCCAUUGACUUGAUACUAGGUUCAUCCUUACCUAAUAUUGCCUUUUAUAGAAUGAGUCCAGCUAAAAAUGAAGAGCUUAAAAGGUUUCCUAUUCCUAGACUUGAUGUCAUAUUGGAUUUGCUUAGUGGUGCUUCGACUUUUUCAAAGAUAGAUUUGAGAAGCGGUUAUCAUCAGAUACGGAUUAGACUUGGGGACGAAUGGAAGACUGCAUUUAAGACCAAGGAUGGUUUAUAUGAAUGGCUGGUAAUGCCUUUUGGAUUGACCAACGCACCAAGUACCUUCAUGAGGGUUAUGACCCAUAUCUUGAGACCUUAUUUAGGUAAAUUUGUGGUUGUUUACUUCGAUGACAUUCUUAUUUACAGCAAGGAUUCUCAGAACCAUUUGGAACAUCUUAAGAUGGUUUUGGAACUGCUCCGAGUUGAGAAGUUCUAUAUAAAUAAGAAGAAGUGUUCAUUCAUGACAACAAAGGUGAACUUUUGA